AUGCCCUCGUUCUUCAAGAGGUCCAAGGCGAAGGAGAAGGAGGCAGAAGAGGAAAAGGCAAACGCUGAGCGUCCCGCUACGCCGCCGCCGACGUACGAAGCCACGCAGGAGGAGCCGCCGCCCUUUGAAGACCGACCGCCGCCGUUCGAGGCCAGCGGUGCCGGUCGUCGCGGUGGUGGUGGUGGUGGUGGCGGCGGCGGUAAAGCGCCCUACACCGAGGCCGACGUCGCCAACAUCACGGCUGCCUUCGCCUCCCUCCGCCUCGGCACCCAGAGCGACCCGGACGUCGACUCGUGCCUCGCGCACCUGAAGCUUCUAUACGCCAUCCAGACGCUCAAGGAGGAGGUCGGCUACACCGACGGGCUCUGGGACCUAUGGGACGUCCGCGCGGGGCCUCCCGACUCCCCUCACAAGGGCGACGUCAAGGAGAAGGGCGGCCCUGGCGGAGACGCCGGCCCAAGCAAGGAGCCCGAGGACCGGAGGAAGAAGGUCCUGGCGAUUGUUCGUGAGAAGCGGUGGGCCUUGUACCUGGCGCGAGCCGUCGACCGGUACGAGACGUGGUGGAAGACGCUCUCGGAAGGCCGCCGCCUGCGCGAGGCCGAGAUGGGCGACCCCCAAAACCCCUCGAGGUACGCGACGUUCCCCGAGGGGAGCGAAGACUACCCGUGGAGCGUUGAUGUCCUCCCGCCGCUGGACGUCCUCAUGGUAUGGCACACGCACAUGCUCAACCCGAGAGCGUUCCUCGAGGACUCGAUCCGCUGGGGUCUCCGGACUCUGUGGACCACGGGCAUGCCCUGGGCCCAGGUCAACCAGGCCAUCGACUCCAAGUUCAACUACGAGGCGUCCGACCUGGCCAGGUCCAACUGGGAGAGAACGACGGGGAGGUCCUGGGACAACAUCGAGGAACCGAUGGUGAAGUCUCUGCAGUGUCCUUCGUGCAAGCGGGCCAUGGAGGUGCCCUGGACCACGUGCGGCUUACCAGAGACUUACAAGGGAGAUUCACGACCCGGCCUAGUCGGCAACGGCUACGGAGACGGAGAGUUCUCCCAGAGAUGCGACCCCGGCUGCGGCACCCUCGUCACGCAGCGGCUCCUUUCCGUGGCCAAGAUGAUCGGCGACGCCGAGGCCUAUCUCAACGAGGGCAUCACCAUACCAUCCACCGUCCUCGACCCCAAGACGGGCAUGCCCGUCGUCGGCGACGCCGAGAAGCUGCUGGAGGUGACCUUCCCCAACCGGCUCGUGGGCCACGGCAUCGCCUCGCAGCUGUUCGACAUGCUCCAGCCGGGCCUGCACGAGAACUGCUCCAUGAAGCACGUCCGGGACCUGGUCACCGUGGCGCUCCAGAGCGACGCGGCCUUCUCCAGGAUCCAGGAGGCCAAGAUCGCCCAGAUCGGCAGGAAGGAGGGCAUGGCCAGCCGGCAGAUGGAGCGGACGGAGCGGUUCCAGACCUCCAAGAUGAUGUCGCGGUACUGGGAGAACCACUCCAUCUUCGCACUCGACCUCGUCGCCGCGGUCAUGCGCCAGGGCGUCUUUGUCGGCAAGAUGUACUCUCUCGACUGGCUCCAUGGCCCCAACGCGCGAGGCACCAUGGACCGCCUCGUCCAGAAGUACAACCGCUUCAUGCUCAUCCUGACCGAGAACGCCUUCAUGAUGUGCGUGCCGACGCUGGACGUCGACCUCGCCUGGCACACCCACCAGCUGGCGCCCCGGGCCUACUACAAGUUCUCCACGUACAACAGCGCGACCAAGGGCAGCAAGGAGGCCCGCUUCAUCGACCACGACGACAAGGUCGACGAGGACCAGCUGUCCAGCUCCUUUGAGUGGACCGGCAAGCUGUACCUCGACAAGUUUGGCGAGGUGUACUCGGAGUGCAUCUGCUGGUUCUUUUCAGGAUUGCUGACGUCGUCGUUCAUGGUAACAGUCAACCGUAUCCAAGCCACGGCAAAUAGCACAGCCGUCUUUGGAAGAACCAAAGGACAGAAAGCCGUCGACAACUUCAACAACUCUCCGGCAGCGAACUCGCCCGCCUGCCACCCUUCGUCCUCGGCCCAUAUCUCGGCCCACAACUCGUGUCUCUCGUCGUCACCCCUCCACCGGGGCCGCGAGUUCCAACGGGCCAUCUGGAAGAGCCGCCUCGACGACGGCUACGAGCGCGCCGUCAAGCGCACAGCGAAGCGCGGUCGCAAGCUGCCGCCCAAGGAGGAGUUCUACGACCACUGGGGCAAGACGUACCACCAGUACGCCCCGAACCUGUUCCCCGGGUACCUGACGUCGGAUCUCUACGUGGCCGGCGACCCGGGGAUCCUGCACGGCAACUGGGCCAGCUGCGCCCAGGGGCUGUGUGGCACCAACGACAUCGCCGCCGGCGGCUGCGGUGGCCCCGGCGGGUGUACGAACUCCUCGGGAUACUGGACCGGUUCCGGUCGUGGAAAGCCCGUUUGCGCGGGUGUUGUUGCAGGUGCCGGCAUGGUAGGCGGAGGCUGUGGAGGAGGAGGCGGUGGUGGAUGCGGCGGCGGCGGCGGCUCCUAA